GGCUUAUUAUUUGAAUGAGUAAUGUCUUCAGGGGCGGCUGCUACAAAUUCUUAAAUUGUUUUCCACAGCGGCGGCGCCGGUUGAUAUUUGCAAGUCCUUAUGAGACGGUGGCGGCUGAGUAAAAAAUUCGCUGAUGAAAAUUAAAAGAAAAAUGUUCGAUUCGAUUGCAUAUGUAUUGAUGUCAGCGGCGGUGGAUGACGCUAUCAAAAUGUUUUAUCUCUUCCAGCGGCGGCACCCCAAAAAUUCUUAAAGUUACCAGCAAUUUGGUGGCGGCGGCGGCGGCGGCGGCGACUGAUAUUAUAGAAAACUCGACUGCUGCGGCGGCUCAGCCGCACGGCUGACACCUCUAAACAUAGCGCCUUAUUUUCACCAAUAUCACAUAAAGAAAAAAAGAUAAAUUUUCAUUGUGCAAAAACAAAAUACUUUAGCCAUUUAUUUUGAAUUGCCCUACAAAUUGUUUGUCUAAAUAUAUAUCGCUAAUACUUUAGUGUCAACAAAUUCCAUUAACCAUCGAUAAUUUUCUUCUUGUUGUUCGAACAACUGAUUCCAAAGCUGAGUUGGCAACAUUAUUAGAACGGCUUGAUGUCGAAACUGGUCGUUGGCGUUCAAAAGACACUGGAGGAGAAAAUGACGCUGACAUUCGUUCUACAUUGAAUAGUUAUCAAUAUUUAAAAAAACUACUUCAUGAUCGACUAGAUUUACAAAAUCGAUCAGAUUCAAUUGUAUCUGAUGAUGAUGAUAUUAUUUUACCAAAAGUUUCCUAUCGUGAAUUACCGUUAGCAGAAAUUUUAAACAAUUGUAAUGGUUUAGACUAUUUUUUGAAAUUUUUACAAUCACUUGAUGCUGUUGGUUAUGCAAAUUUUUAUUUAAAUGCUGAAGCAUUUCGAUGUGCUGGUGCAUCAGCAUCACAGCAACAUGCUAGAGCGACUGUUGAACAGCAACAAACAAAUCAAGAAAUACUUCGAAAUAUGGCGAAAGAUCUCAUUGAACAAUAUUUUCUUUCAACAGGAGCAUUUAAAUUACCUAUGGAUGAAAAUUUAAUAAAAAAGGCAUUACAAAAUUUAAAUUCAGACGCUAUGGAUGAGACAUUACUUGAUGAACUUCAAGCAAAAGUAUUCGAGAUUCUUUUAUCUGAUAAGUAUUAUGGUCAGUUUAAAACAACAACGCAGUAUCUAAAAGUAUUAAGCGAGUUUGAAUUCACCGAUUCACUGAAUGAUAAUUCAGAUGCUGUAUCUCUAUCAAGUAAUAAUAGUAAUGAGACAUACAAUGAUUCCACUGAAUCACAACAACAGUCAAGUUCUGGAACAACUUCGGAUCGUGGAAAUCCUGUAAUAUUUGAUGUACUUGAUAAUAUUGAAAGUUAUUCAAUUACUACUGAAAUAAAUGAUUCCGGUAUUUGUUGUGAAAAAGGUGACAAAUAUGCAAUCUAUGUGAUAUCUGUAUUUUGUAAACCAUUAAAUUCGACUGAUGAUGAAGAACGACGUGAAUGGAUAACCUAUCGUCGUUAUAGUGAAUUCAAUGAUCUUAAUAUGACAAUAAAAAAACGUUUCCCUAAUCUAAAACAGCAUAUUCAUUUACCAAAUAAAGGUUUUAUGAAUAAUACAAGUUCAGAAGUACGUUUAAAACGUCAAAAAGAGUUGAACGAUUAUUUAACAGAAUUAACCAAUCCAAAAGUUAUUCAACAUAAUCAAGGCCUUGGAGAACUUAUAUAUAAAUUUUUACGCAAUCAACAAUGGAAACUUGAACAAACAGAAUUAGCUCGAAAGAUGGAUACAAUUGCAAAUCCGUUUAAACAAGCAUCCAUUGGCAUUGUUAAAGGUGUAUCAAAAAUAGGUGGUGGGUUAACAAUAGUUUCAGAUAGUGUUGUUGAAAAUGCUGGAAAAAUCUUUCGAACAAAUGGAAACAAUAAUAAUAAUCGCAUGAACAUUAAUUUGAGUAAAGAUAUGCAAACAUUUUCUAUUGUUGAGGAAACGCAAGCUGAUAGUGCAAAAAAUAUUCCACUACGUGUACUUCUUGUUAUAAUGGAUGAAGUAUUUGAUCUGAAACAAAAAAAUAUGUGGUUUCGUUCAAGAUUUGUAUCGAUUUUAAAACGAUUUUUACGAGCAUUUAUGGGUGACUCAGUUAAUCGACGUAUUGCAACGUUUGUGCAACAUUGGACAUCAGCAAAGAAAAUUGCGAAAGAAAUAAGACGAUUCAAAGAGAAUUUUUGGCCGAAUAGUAUUCAAGCAGAUAAAUCACCCGAACGCGAUUUUGGUGUUCGUAAUAUAACUCAAGUAAUAUGUAAAGCUAAACUACUUGGCAUUGUCUCAGACGAACUUCGUCAUAUAGUUGGUAGUGAAACAACUCGUCGGGGUUUGCUACGUUUAUUUGAAUUGUUACAAAAUGACACUCUUAAUCGUCGAUUCGUUUACAUUGUUAUUGAAGCUCUUUUAAUCAAAUUAUUUCGACCCAAUGAUUUACAUUUAAUUUUUGAAAAACUGUAUUCUCAAUCACGCCGUGUCAAAGAAGAAUUUCGAAGACGAAUAUUUGAACAGAAAAAUAAUAGUACUGGUGUUAUCGUAAAUCAUCAUCAUUACGGCGAAUCUACUCAACGACCCUAUUAUUUAAAUCGUUUAUCGGUACGUAAUGAUGAUAGUACGACUUUUCAAAGAGCAAAUAGUGCUCAACAGCAAACAACGCUAUCAAGAAGUCUAUCGAAAAUAUCAAGAUAA